UUUUUUUUUUUUUUUGGUUCUGGAAUUGAACUCACCACCUUGUGCUUUUCAGGCUAGGUGCCACUGAGCUAUAUUCUUGGCCCAUAACCUAACUUUGAGGGUUGUCUUGCUCUAACUCGUGUAACUACUUCAUCCAUAAAGGGAAAACUUUCUAUCUCUUCUGGAUAAGUGCCAGUUAGUAAAAAUUCAGAUGGCAUAGCCACAUAGACUGGAUUCUCCUUUCAUAUCCUCAGUCUUUCCUUGAGCACUCCUUAGCAUUUCUUGUUUCCUGCAUUUUGUUUCCCAAAAUUGAGCUCCAUUUACAAUAGCUUCACUUCCCUACUGCAGUAGUUACUGCUGAAUAAAAUGUCUUUAUUGCCUUAACAUGAUGUACUGCUUUGUUUCAGUUUAAUAGGAUUUAACUAUUUUAUAUUUUUUAAUACCACUUAAUGCAGACAAUUCUCUCAUUAAAUGUAAACUGAAAAAGUGACUAUAAUUUCAUGGAGGUUUUAAAAAUAAAACCUUGUUAAGAUCAAUAAUUUGGAGGAAAAAAAAUAAAACCUUGUUUGUUUGUUUGGAGACAGGGUCUCACUAUGUAGUUCAGGCUGGUCUUGAACUCACUAUGUAAUCUAGAGUGGCUUCUAACUCAUGGUGAUCUUGCCUCUGCCUCCCAAGUACUGAGAUUACAGGCAUACUCAGCCAUGCCUGGCUAAUAAAACCUCUUUGUAGUUGAUAACCUUGUAUUAUAAAUUUAAAUUACGGGACUGAUCCAUUUUCACAAAAGUUGAGAAAAUAAAUAAAUUAAGGGACUGAAUAAAGUUGAAAACACUGAGAAUGACAGUAUUGAUAAAUGUGAGCUCAGUAAGUAUGAUUGGGCUUACCAGUAUAGUGGCUAAAAAACUCUACAAACUAGUGCAGGAAAAAAAAAUUGAAAUAAAAACCAGUCCAACACAAAGACAGGAUAGAAAAAGGAAGCAUGCAACACAAAAUAUAAAAUGGCACAUUUCUUUGUAAACAUAUCAGUAGCUGAAUUAAAUAUAAAUAGAUUAAAUGCCACAGUUAAGAGAGAUCUUGAGAGUGUAUUUAAGAGCUGUGGCUAUGUGAGCUCUUCCUGAAGUAGAAGAAAUAUAGCUAGAAAAUAGACAAGGAAAAUCAUAAUUUGAAAACUGUACUUUAUGAAGAAUACAAGUGAGAACACAUAGUUAUUCAAGGUAUCUGUAUCUGUGUAAUACUCCAUAUCUCUACUCCCCAAGCUUGUGUUUUUGUUUGUUUUGCUUUUAAACUUUCAAGUCCAUCUUGUCACUAGGAUGCUAAUUCCUGACACAGUUCCUCAUUUCUGUGUCCUUUGUGUCUUGGAUGAAAAUAUUCAUGUAAGACAUUUAAUUGGCCAUGAAAUUUGGCAGAAUUUACUAUAAGAAGAUAUAAUUACACCUUCAAAUAAGAAGGGUCAUGUAGGCAUUUACUCUAAGUGCAAAUUUUGAUUUUUUUUUUUAGUACUUAAGAUUGACCCAAAGACGUUUAUACUGAACUACAUCCCCAGCCACAUGCUUUGUCCAUCUAUCUUUUUUUUUUUUUUUUUUUUUUCAACAAGGUCUUCUUAUGUAGCCCAGAAUUCUCCUGCUUCAAGCCUCAUAGGUGUUGGUACUGCAGAUGGUGCAUCACCACGCCCAAUUUAUUUUUGAGAUAGGGUCUUCCUAAAGGGUCAGUUCGGGUCUGAGACCAAAUAGAUUAUAAACUGGGUUCAAAUUUGAAAUCUUACUGUUUCAAUUUUCCCUAGUGUUGGAAUUAUAGGCAUGUGCCAUUACAUCCUGCUCCAAUGUCUUUUACAUGCAGGAAAAUCAUUCCUGAGGUUCAGGGAACUAGGAUGAUUAGCAUUGUUUUAGACUACAUGAUGUAUAUGCUUGUCAACAUUUUUCUUAGAAGUUACAUUGGAAAGUUGGUAUCUUGAAAAUGUCUUCCUUGUUCUUUCCAGAUGGUUAAUGGUCCCCCAAGGGCCUUAAUCAUUUAAGAAACUUAGAACUUUAUGAAACAAAAAGUUCUAAUCAAAAUGAGAUCUGCACAGUUCUUUAAAGAAGGCACUCCUUUCCCAUGUCUUUGGGCUGUUUUUGAGACAAAACAGAAAUGCUGUAGUACUUGUUUUAGACAUAACCUGGAAUCAGGACCAAUGUGUAUCAUACAUAACUUUAAAUUGUUAUAAUGCUAUGUGGGGUCAUUUUGGGUCUGAGACCAAAUAGAUGAUUAUAAGUGGGCUGUACUCUGAUGUAUUUCUCCAUUUAACCAUAAUUGGCAAAGCAUACUACUGUACUGUAUUUUGGACCAUUUGUGGCCCUCAGGCUUACUAAUGUCUGCCCAUCUGCAUAACAAGCACUCCCCAAACCUUUAAAGAUACUUCAGAUCCAUAAAUUAACCUAGUUCAAAAAUAAGGUAAAGGGCAACAACUUGAUCUGAAGAUGAAGGAACAGGUUCAAAGAGUUAAAGAAUGUUUUUGGUAAAACAUCUUAAGAUCAGCUACCUUGAAGGACAGUUCUAAGACUGCUAUGUGUCCCCAAUCCUAGACCACAUUGCUGCUUUCUCCCUUGAGAGCCUGAAUUCUAUUUUCUCUUAAGUGCCUACUUACUUAAUAAAUAAGUCACUAAUAAAACCAUUCUGUGUCUUUCACUGACGUUUUGGAAUUCUGUGAAAAAGAAUCAAGAACCUACUCCGCUGGCUAAUAGGAGUUUCUCAUUAGCCAACGGAGUAGGGCUACAGACUCCCAUUCCCAGGCCUCUGACCAUGAAAGCCUGGGUUGAGUAUCCACACCGGGAAAGCCUUAAGUAGUAACCAGGUCUUUAGACUAAACACUGAGGUAGUGACCUUAGUGGCUGCAAAGGCCUUCGGGAAAUGUAGUCCAGUGGGCCAAAAUAGCAGAGGCUCAGGAGGUGGGUCGUGCAAAAGCUCUUUUCAGCUCGCCUGAUCCCAAAGCAAAAUGCUCCACCCCACCCCGGAACAAAAGACUCAGAAAUUUCACGGGACUGUAGCCAUUGUUCUGUAAGAAGUUACUCUUGAGUUCGAAUUGCUAAUCAUACUUACCUUCCGAGACAGUUUCUGUUCAGAAAAGCACGCGUGUUUUUGAGGGUCUCGCGAGAAUUGACUAGAGUGCAGUGCAUUCUGGGAAAUGUAGUGUCCUGUGAGUAGAGAAAAAUGGCUGAACUGGGUGGAAGGAUGUUGUUCGGGAUCUUAUAACCGCCCUGCCAGACGUAAUGAAUACUUGGCCGGAUAGUUAUCCGGUUAUCAAUUGUCCUCGAAGGACGCUUGUGCGACCGGGUGCAAUGUGUGCUUUUGCGUAGGGGUGAGUCUAUUCGUUCUAAGCAGUUGGAGUCGGGAGGAGCAACCUGUGGAGCAGGGAAGCAUGGCUAUUGUGGAUCAUAAAACCAUGUUCAAGGGACUGGUGAUGUUUGAGGACGUGGCUAUAGAAUUCUCUAAGGAAGAGUGGGAAUGGUUGGACUCUUCUCAGAGAAACUUAUACAGAGAUGUGAUGUUGGAGAACUACAACACCUUCAUGUCACUGGGACUUGCCAUUUCCAAGCCAUCAGUAAUUUCCUUAUUGGAACAAGGGAAAGAACCUUGGAUGGCUGGAAAAGCAGGAUGGUAUCCAGAAUUGCUGUCUUUGUAUGAAACUAAGGAAUUAGCUCUAAAGAAUGACAUUUUCGAAAUGGGAUCAUUAAAAUGGGAAAUAAUGAACAGAACCAUAUGUUGUUGCCUUGAGGGGGAGUCUUAUUUUGGAACUGAUUUGAAAUGUAAGGAACAUUUUGAAAGAGAAGAGGAAUCUAAAGAGGAAUGUUCCCAGUAUAUGACAGUUCCAUUUGAAAAACUAUCAAUUGAAUUCAUUCAGCCUCCAUCACUUGUUCCAAAUGAAAUAAUUCAGCCUCCGUCACUGGUUCCUAAUGAAAUAACUCAGCCUACAUCACUGGUUCCAAAUGAAGUAAUUCAGCCUACAUUGCUGGUUCCAAAUGAAAUAAUUCAAACUGAAAAUGAAUGCUAUGAGCAGAAAAAUUAUGAAAACCUCACUCAGCAAAUAGAAAUUCAUACUAGUGAAAAACUUGAUGAAAUGUGUGAGAAGGCCUUCAUAUUUUACACAAAUCAAAUGGAACAUCAGCAAAGUCUUCCUAGAAAGAAUUGUGAUGAAUUUAAGGAAUGUGGCAGAGAAUUUGCUUAUGACUUUCAACUUCCUCAAUAUCAAAUAAAUUAUAACAAACCCUAUGAAUGUCAGAUAUGUGGAAAGAGUUUUAGAAAGCGUGCCCUCCUUACUCAACAUAAUCGAAUUCACACGGGUGAGAAACCAUAUGAAUGCAAGGAAUGUGGGAAAGCUUUUAUCUGCUGUUCAACACUCAUUCAACACAGGAGGACUCACUCUAAUGUGAAACCCUUUGAAUGUAUGGAAUGUGGCAAGAGUUUUAGACGAAGUGCACACCUUACUCGACAUCAAAGAAUUCAUACUGAUCAGAAACCCUAUAAAUGUACACAAUGCUGGAAAGCCUUUGCUUCUCUUUCUGACUUUAAUAGACACCAGAAGAUUCACACUGGUGAAAGACCUUAUGAAUGUGCAGAAUGUGGGAAAGCAUUUAAUAGUCGUUCAACUCUUACUCAACAUCAGAGAAUUCACACAGGUGAAAGGCCCUUUGAAUGUAAGGAAUGUGGCAAGGCAUUUAAUAAUUGUUCAACUCUUACUCAACAUCAGAGAACCCAUACAAAUGAGAAACCCUAUGAGUGUCAGGAAUGUAAAAAGACCUUCAGACAAAGUGCACAUCUAAGUAGACAUCAAAAAAUUCAUAGUGGUGAGAAACCAUUUGAAUGUGCUAUAUGUGGAAAGGGCUUCACUUGUGUUUCUGACUUUAACAGACACCAACGAGUUCACACUGGUGAGAAACCCUAUGAAUGUAAAGAAUGUGGGAAAGCCUUUAAUAAUUGCUCAACUCUUAUUCGACACCAAAGAAUUCACACUGGUGAGAAACCAUAUCAAUGUGACCAGUGUGGAAAAGCAUUUAUAUCUGGUUCAACAUUUUUUCAACAUCAAAGAACACAUACUAAUGAGAAGCCCUAUGAAUGUCAAGUAUGUAAAAAGACUUUCAGACAAAGUGCACAUCUAACUAGACAUCAGAGAACUCACACUGGUGAGAAGCCCUAUGAAUGUUAUGACUGUGGGAAGACCUUUACUUGUUUUUCUGAUUGUAAUAGGCAUCAGAGAAUUCACAGAGGUGAGAAACCCUAUGAGUGUCAAGUAUGUGGGAAGGUCUUUAAUAACUGCUCAACUCUUAAUCAACAUCAGAGAAUUCAUACUGGUGUGAAACCCUAUGAAUGUAAGGAAUGUGGAAAGUCUUUUACUUGGCUUUCAAACCUGAAUAAACAUCAGAAAAUUCACACUGGUGAAAAACCCUACGAAUGUAAAGAUUGUGAGAAGGCUUUUCUCUGUUAUUCAACUUUUGUUCAGCACCAGAGAACUCAUACUAAUGAGAAACCCUAUGAAUGUCAGGAAUGUGGGAAGGCCUUUAGACAGAGAGCACAUCUUAUUCAACAUGAAAGAAUUCAUACUGGUGAGAAACCAUAUAAAUGCAAGGAAUGUGGAAAGGCCUUUUCUUGUGUUUCCUAUUUUAGUAGACAUCAGAGAAUUCACACAGGUGAGAAACCAUAUGAAUGUAAAGAGUGUAAAAAGUCCUUUAUUGAUUGUUCAACUCUUAUUCAACAUCAGAGAAUUCAUACCGGCGAGAAACCCUUUGUAUGUCAGGAAUGUAAUAAAGCCUUUAGGCAGAGGGCACAUCUUACUCAACAUCAAAGAAUUCACACUGGUGAGAAACCCUAUGAAUGUAAAGAAUGUGGAAAGGCCUUUACUUGUCUUUCACAGGCGAAAAAGCACCAGAGAAUACACACAUGAGGUGAGAAUUUCUGUGUAUUUGAAUAUUGUCUUUUAUUUGUCAUUACUCAUUAUUGCCAAAUACAUACAGAAAGUAAUACUAGAAAUAUCAGAAAUGUGGGAAACAAUUUUUUAUACCCCUCUGCUAUUUCUUUCCUGAUAUUUAGGGUUGUUUUUUGACUUAGGGUUUCAGUAAAUCACUAUAGUUUUCCAAGGGUGGGCUUGAAUUAUCAUGCUUCUUUUUCAUGUUCCCAGAGUGCUGGUAUUACAGAUAUGUAGCACCAUGCCCAGCUUCCAUAGCUAUUUAUAUGAAUAGCAGAGUGUAUAUUGAGGAAAAACCUUAUAGAAGUGAGGUAUGUGUAAAGACCUGCUUUCACAUUAUAAUCAGUAAUGCAUGAUUAUAUGUUUCAGAUAGCCCUUGUUUUUUGAGCUACAUAUUCUAUAAUAAUAGCAAACAGUAUGUAAGAGAUGGAAAAAUCAAAUGUCUAUAAAUUUCAGCAUCAUAAAUCAGAUCUUAUUCAAUAUCAGAAUUUAUACAUGAAAGACAAAAUGAAAUAUUAAUAUUCUAUUCACUGAAUAGUUAUAUUUGAUUAUAGCAUAACUACAGAGCAUAACAUGUAGAGAAGAACAAUUUAAACUUUCUAAAUGUAUAAAAGCUUUUGCCUAUAGUGUGAAUCAUUUUCGGCAGUUUUGCUAAGCCAGGAAGAUCACAAGUUCAAGCCCUGUCUGGGCAACGUAGCAAUUUAUUGAGACCUUGUCUCAAAAUACAAAAUAAAACAGGACUGAAAUUGUAUCUCAGUAUGUCCCUGGCUUCUAUUCUCAGUACCAUCAAAGGUUUAAAAAAUGGAUAAGGUAAUGUUUACCAUGGAAAUUUUGAUGGAAUUCAAGUAAGUUAUUAUUACUACCAUGUUUGUUUUGUCGGUUUUUUCUCCAAGGUUAAAUAACCAAAAUGUAGGCGAUGAUAAUAUCACAAAAUGCCUAUGAUAUACUUAAUUGUUUUGUGAAUAUAACUGAAAACUCAUCAGCGAUCAAUCAAAAUUUGAAGGCAAUCCAGAAAAUAAAUAUAGACUAGGCAAGUUAAAAGAAAAUUGCAUAGCAGGAUAAUAGAGAUAAACUAAGAGAAAUGCCAAAAGUGUUAUUCUGCAGUUGAAAGGAAAUUUUUUCUUAUUUAAAUAAAAGACUAUGCUGUUUUUUAGCCACAUAUUAUAAAGUAAAGCUUAAAAAAAAUUGAAAUUCAUGGACAAUACAAAAAGUAUGCUGUUGAAAGGUUAACCAAAUAAACCAUCCAUGAAAAGAUUUAAAGGACAAAAAAAAUGUAUGUACCAACAAAAAAGUAGAAACCCAUCUUUAUGUUCAGUUUCAUUUCAUGAGUAGGAUCUGAUUAUGGAUAAUCUCUAUCUAUGUAACUAACAACAUGACCUCCAUGAACACAAAUCAAAGUUGAUGGAACUACAAAUAGAAAAGAUAGUUAUGCACAGUUGGAUUUUAUCAUACCUCUAUCAAGUAUGGAUGAAAAAACAACUUUUUUUUUCUCUUUUUGAGACUGGGUUUCACUAUGCAGUGGGCUUGCACUCACUUUGUAGCCCAGGCUGGACUCAAGCUUGCAGCAAUCCUCUUAUCUCAGCCUGUUGAGUGUUGGGAUUACAGAUGUACACCACCAUGCCCAGCUAAAAAAGAACUUUUGUGUGAGUACUGUUUUAAAAUCUGAUAUAGUGUGUUGUAAACCCAUCACUCUGGGAGUUUCAGGCAGAAGGAUUACAAGUUCAAGUCUAGCCUGUUCAAUUUGGCAAUUUAAUGAAACCCUGAGUUUAAAAAAAAAGGGGGGGGGGUAUGGGAUGUAGCUCAAUGCAAAACACAUGUGUUCGAUUCCCAUUAAAAUCUGAUAAUGACUGACCCAAGUUUUUGAACAGUUCUUUUAUUAAUAUAAGAAAUUAUCCUAUUUUAAACUACAAAGCAAGUUGACAGAAAUUUCACAUUAUUCAAAUUAUACCAUGUAUCUUUAAAUAUUACUAAAGUCAGUAUAUUCAGAAUUACACUAUAAAUCAUCCUUCCAAAGAACCACUGAUUAAAGAAACAUAACAAUGCAAAUUAUUUUCUAUUAAAAUUUCACCUUUGAUAAUUUGUGGAAUGCAGUAAUAGUAUCUAAUAAAAAAUGUUUGUAGGAAACUGAAAUCACUAAUGAAAUUUAUUUUAUGAGCCAGGUGUGAUGGCGCAUGCCUGUAAUCCUAGUACUCAGGAGGCUGACGUAUGAGGAUUAUAGCAAAGUUUAAAACCAGCCUGGACUACAAAGUGAGCUCAAGGCCAGCCUAAAUUCCAUAGGGAGACCUUGUCUCAAAAGACCAAAAAAAAAUUAUUUUAAGAUGAUAAUUUUAAAAUAUGGAAGGUAAUAAUAGAUUAUUAGAAGCAGAAUGCAAAAAUUUGUAUGAAGUUUUAGAUUAACUAUUGACAGAUACUUGAGUAGUAUUUUAACUGUUAAGGACUAACAAAAUUUUACAAAUCCUUCAAAAAUGUGAUUCCCUUAAGGGCAUCUCAAUAUAAAAAAUAAAAUGCAAAAAAAAAAAAAGUAAAGAAUAGUUUUUCCUGGGUGUCCUGUCUGCAGUGUUAUCUUGUAGGCCUAUACUGCAGUUGACCAAAUCAGUCACUUAUUGAGGUAUGCAGAUGUUUUUAUUCUUUGAAGUAACAAUGAGAUGAUGAUUUUUGUAUAUAUUAUUUAGUAUCUAUAAACAAAUAGAUAUUAAACCUAUGUCCCUGAAGUAGAUUUGCUUAGUACAUUUGUACAUUCUUUAAAAGGUUGCAUAGCUUUUCUUUACAUUUACUAAUUUACAUUUCUUUCAACAAAGUUGUAGAGUGUCCCAUUUCCCAAUAACUUGCCAAAAUCAUUUUUAACUCUUUUUGUUACUGUGUUUAGUGGAAAAAUUACACCUUUAAUUUGCAUUUUUAUACCAUUGUGAUUCUCAUUUUUAUGCUACAUGUUUUAGUUUUAAAUGCUGUUUUUUUCAGUGAAAUGUCUUUUAAUGUCAUUUUCUUUUGGGUGAUUAGUAGUUUUCUAAUUGAUUUGUAAGAAUUUUAGGGGCUGGGGAUUUAGCUCAGCGGCAUAAGUACCUGCCUUGCAAGCAGGCGGUCAUGAGUUCGAUCCACGGUACCUAUAAAAAUGAAAAGAAGACAAAAAAAAAAUUUUAAAGAUGAGGCCAGGGAUUUAGCUCAGCGGCGAAAGCAUCUGCUUGGCCAAGUGCAAGGUUGUGUGUUCAAUCCCCAGUUCAAAAAAAAAACCAAAGAAUAAGAAAUAUCAGCUUUCAAAAAAAAAAGAAUUUUAAAGAUGAAUAUUAACUUUCUUCCCCAGACCUUCGUUUUGUUAUUGGUGUAUUUGUGUGUGUGUGUGUGUGUGUGUGUGUGUGUGUGUGUGUGUGUGUAUGUUUAGGGAGUUCUAUUUAGAACUUUAGUGUUGUAAAUUUAUCAAUUUUUGUCUAGAUAGCAUUUUUUUUUUUUUUUUUUUUUUUUGGUACUGGGAUCAAACUCAUGACCUCGCACUUGCCGGGCAGGUGUUUAUGCCCCUGAGCUAAAUCCCCAGCCCCACUGCCUAGAUAGCAUUUGUGUUGCUGUUUAGUUUAUAAAUCAUCUUUUCCACUCUGACAUACCUUUGUUUUGUUUUGUUUUGUUUUGUCUUUUUGAGACACAGUCUCGCUGUACAGUUGUUCAGGCUGGCCUUGAGCUCACUUUGUAGCCUAGGCUGGUCUCGAACUCACAAUGCUCCUCCUGCCUCAGCCUCCUGAGUGCUGAGAUUGACAUACCUUUUUUUAAGCUUCAUGUUUUUCUCCUUUAUGGUUAUGUUGUAAAAUAUAAGUACUUGAUAAAUCAGAAGUUUGGGUAUUGAACGAAGUUAGGCAGGGGUAUAUUGUUAUUUUUCACAGAUGGUUAAACAUUUGUCUUAGUGCCAUAUGCUUAAUUAUUUAACUGUAUGUUAGUGAUUUUAAAUGUGAACUUUAUCCUAGGCCAAUUUCCGGUAGUGUUUGGAUCUAUAUCUUGAAUAUGAUUUUGUCCUGCCUAAUUGUCUGUUACUUUUCUGCAUUAUAAUCAAAUUUACUUUGACAUCAUACCUGUAUAAAAUGUUUUGAUAACUGGUACAUAUAGGCCUCAUUCCCAUGCAUUACUCUUAAUUUAGCAGGUCUCUGCCUAUUUUGGCUUACUCACUGUUCCAUGCCUUUUUUAUUUUUAGGAAAAAAAGCCCUUCUGAAGUAUUCUUUACUUUUAUAUUAAAACUAGAAGUGACUAAACAUUUUAUAAUUCAGUGUUUAAAUUUGGGUACAGUAGUGGUAGUCCUGUAUAAUUUGUGUCUUAUAUUCCUAUGCUUUCUUCUUUCUUUCUUUCUUUUUUUCAUUCUUUCUUUCUCACAGGGUCUCUAUGUAUGGUAGUUCAGACUGGUCUUGAACUCACUGGGUAGUUUAGGCUGGCCUUGAACUUGCAACAAUCCUCUUUCUUAGCCUUCUGUGUGCUGGGAUUACAGACAUGUGGCACCAUGUCUGGUUGUUUGUUGUAUCUUUUUUAUGCCAAAUUUAUACAUUUGUUAGUUAAGUAAUUUUUGAGCGUUUUAUAUUUGUGCUUGCUCUUAUUAAAGGGCACUUCUUCCCAUUAUAACUGGUUUUAAUUACAUAUUUAAAGGCAACUUAUUUUUUGCAUAUAUUUUGUACAUAGAGUAAUAUAGUGCCUAAUUUUUUGUUAUUUUCUUCAUGGGAUCUUUUGGAUUAUCAGAUACAUGGUUGUAUCAUUUGCAAAAAAUAUGUUUCAGUGUUUCACUAGUCCUUCUUUUUUUAAUUUUUUUUUUUGGUGGUACUUGACAUUGAACCCAAAGGUGCUCUGUGUUCUACCAUUAAGUUACAUCUCUCUCCAUUUGUAUUUUCAGAUAGGAUCUUAAUAAAUUGAGCAGGCAACAGUUGAAUUUAUAGCUUUCCUGCCUGAACCUCCCUCAAAUCCCUAAAGCUGGGGUUUAUAGGUACAUGCCACUAUGCCCAGUUCUUUUUAAUUUGUAUAUUAUUACAGUAGCCAGGAAUAUGUAGUUUUUAAUCCUAGGUGUUGAAACAAGGGCCUUCGCUCUGGGGCAUAUCCCAACCCUUCAAUCCUUUUUUUUAAGUCUGGAGACAGAGUGUCCCUAAGAUUACCCAGUUUUAAUAUACAAUCCUCUUGUUUCAGCCUUUCACAGUGCUGGGAUUAGGCAUGUACCACCAUACCUAGCAAGAGCAGUAAACGUUAAAGAAGAGAAUCUUAAUUUGAUUUGGAGACUAUCAGUUGGUAGCAGUCAGACCCUGGAGAAUUUAUGUGUAGAAUAAGCAGAAUUUGAUCACCCACCCAUGUCUUUUAACAGUUUAUAUAUGAAAAUUUAAAUAGUCACUAUUGCUCUGCCAGUAAAACAGGAUCAUGGGAACUAUUUACAUACUUUCAAAAUCCAUAUGAUAUUUUCUGUUACGUAGCAACAUUUUCAGAAUUGAUCUUCAUCUGAGGAUACUAGAAAUUUAAUUGUUCAUUAUAAUUCCAGUAAACUCAAAACCACAGUAUGCCCCCUAUAGCUGUCUUUCCAUUGUCUGCUUUUAAAAGAUCUUGAUAGUAGCAGUCCGCAUCACUAAAGAAGAGAAAGUUCAUAAUUUACUAUGUUAGGCACUUAAUAUGUACUACAGAAUAUGAUUAGUGCUUGACAACUAUUACUUUUCAAAUUUUGUUAUCUGAAAUAACAUUACAUUUUACACUUUUUUUUUCCUUUUUUCUUUUUAUUGGUACCAGGGAUCGAACUCACGACCGCCUGCUUGCAAGGCAGGUGCUUAUGCCACUGGGCUAAAUCCCCAGCCCCUAACAUUACAUUUUAAACAAAAGACAUUUUGAUCUUACAUUGAGUAACCCUGAGUCACACCCUGCAUGUGCCGGUAUAUAUUCAUCGAUAUGCAGAUAACUUGUUAAGCAUGACUAGCUGGUAAAUUCCUGUAUGUUUCAGUAAAUGUACCUGAGGAUUAUCUCCUAAAGUAGCAAGUUUUAUUAAACUCCUAUAUUGAUAAAGCAGACUAUGUUAAAUUUAUAUACAUAAAAAAGAAAAAUCUGAUUGUCAUAUAGUCUACCAUUCAAAAUAACUUGCUAAUUAAUACACCCCUCAAAUUAAUAGUGUACUUUACCAGGAUAUAUUCUCAUCAGAUAUGUGUAAAUUACAUUUUCCACUAUGUCACAUAGACAUUUUUAUAGUUCUCAAGGACAUAAUGUAAAAAGUGCAAGCUUAAGCACAGCUUGCUCAUUGUGGAAUUUGUUCAUGCAUGUAACUUAUCUUAUUUGCACCUUUCAUUCUUUUCUUUUCUUUUUUUGUACCAGGGAUUGAACUCAUGACCACGUGCUUGCAAGGCAGGCACUUAUGUCGCUGAGCUAAAUCCCCAGCCCUGUCCAGUCAUUCUUUUUGCAUAUGUCACAUGACAUAUUUUAGAAAUGUUUUAAGAUAUGACAUUAAAACCCAAAGUACUACCAGUUCAGUAAUUUACAUAUAUAUUGCAUUUUAAAAACUUUAUUGGUACAUUUUAUAUAUAUAAUAAUAACAUUUUCACAUUCAUCAUAGAGAAUUUGUUCCUGUACACUGUAUAUCUUCGUUUUUCCCCAUUUCCAUUUCCAUUUAAAUAUAUUUACUAAAAUGUUUUAAAAUUUUGAUGAGACCAGGCAAUUUACAUACUUUAUCAACACAUAGAAGAAGAUGGCACUACAUCACUAUUAAAUGUCAAAAGUAAUGAAAAGUUAAAUAAAAUGUAAUGACAAGUAUAAGUGUCUGUUGUAACUGUAAUAUGACAUGAAAAUUCCCAAUUCCUCUUGGCAACAAAGUCAGUAUUUCUAGGAACUCUGGUUUGUUGCCUACAUUCAUAAUUUAAAAACAUGUCAAAUUUCACAGCCUAAAGAAAGCGUAAUUUCAUCCACAGUGCUUGAACUUCCCAAGCAUAAAAUAUUCCAUGUUACCUGCUUCACUAGUUGUAGAACAUAUGCAUGGAAAAGAAAAACCUGAUAACAUGUAGACCCUAAGUGUAGCCCAAUAUGGAAGAUACUUAGAUUUUUCAUCCUAGACUUAUGCUAGCUAAGAAAGUAUAACCUGAAAAGCCAAGCAGAGUGAAAUAUACUUGUAAUCCUAGUACUUCAGGAGGCAGAGGCAGCAGGAUAGCAAAUCUGAGCCCAGUUGGAGAAAGUGAUGUAGUGAGACCCUGUCUCCAAGUUAAAAUAAUGAAGGAACUGGUGAUGUAGCUCAGUGUGAAUGCCCUGGGUUCAAUCCCUAUUACAAGACAGAGAAAGAGACAGAUAUUGAGACUGAGACUAAACAAACAUCUGUGUCUGCAACCAGCCAUGGUGGAUUCAAGGAUGAGUAAGAGUAAGAAGCCAUUGAUGCACAAAAUUCCCAGAUUCUUUAUAAAGGGGUAAGUUCUGUGGAAGUUGGAAGAUCAGUUUUGUACACAAAGAAUGGCUAUUGCGACUAGAUGUCUGCAUUUUCUUUGUAUGUAGGAAGAGAAGGUAAUGAAAAUAACAGUGAAGAUUGGUUAUAUUGCUAAACUGAGUUCCUAAAAUGAAUUGUUUGCUUGUGUCUGAAAGACAAGAAUAUUUUCAGUAGAGUAGGUACUUAAAAUUCAUGCUAUGAAUUACUGUAAAUAUUGCUGUUUUCUCUGCAUCUUUCAGGUUAUUUUUAUAUGUAUUAUAAAGUUACUCAUCAGAUAAUUUGAUAAGACAAAGAUACUUCAUUUCCUAGUAUAUUCUGUAUAUACUCAAUUCAUUUUGUAAAUUAGAAGUUAGAGUCUCUUUGCUGGUAGCUAAAAUAAUCCUCCAAAGUCUUUGGCCUUAUCCCACUCUGGAGUUCAGUAAUUGUUCUAGAAUUCUGCAUCCAAACUGUGCCUCUACUACCAUUAUCCUCCAUCCCAAGCCAAUGUCAUUGAUAUCUCUGUUCUCUCUAUUUAAGAAGUUCUUGGACUUAUUUCCUAAUGAAGUAAUGACAGAUCAUAGUGAGGACUUCAAGAGUUAAUGUAUUUUAUAUUAUGUUUUCUUGUAAAUUACAGUAAGAAAGAAGGAAUUUCUUAUCACUGCUGAUUCUUCAGUGUAUUAUGAAGCUCACACUUGGCUCAGAUGUCAGCACUAUUGUGGCAUCAAAUGUAUUGAAAUGAAUUAAGACCCCAGUCAGAUGACAAACAGCAAUGCAAAGUCAAUAUGGAAUAAAACCUUUUCUGUGAUGCCAUCUAGGACAUCUCUCCCAGGAUAUUUUUUCCUGGUCAUCACUGUACAUAAAGUACAGACCAUCACUUAAAUUUGAAUUUCAGAUAAAGUGCAUCCCAAAUAUAGGGUAGUAACCAGCAUAGCAAAAGGGGACUUUGAAAAUUAGAUUUCUUUCCUUUAAUGAUAAGUGGCUCUUCCAUACUUUCUUAGCCUACCCAUGGCAUACACUGCCACCUCCAGCUUCCUUAGCCCAGAUGAAUGGCUAGAAUGUUCAGAUGUUGAGACUAGGUCAAAGUUGUUUCAUUUCCACUGGGAAGGGUGGGAAGUUGGGGUCCAGGAGGGAAAAAAUAAGCCUGUUGUCCUAUUGUAUCAUCAUACACAUACACACACACUGUUCCUUGCUGUAACAGACUUGUGUACACUUGUACCCAGUGGGGUACAAGUGGGUACUGUGUCUGCAGCCAGCCUGGUAAUGUGUCUCAUUACCAGUGGGUAAUGAGAUCUCUCAAACUUUUUAAAGGUGACUUUGAAUAAAACCUUUUUCUUUUUCACCAAAACAAUUUACUUUCUUUUAUUUGGUUAGUGAUGAGAAAAUGAACUUAAGUAUAUGGACUUAAGUGCAGUUUUAGUGAAGCCAAUCAAGAAACAAGUUCCAGCUCCUGAACAGCACGGGUCUCCUGAUUACUGCUGGUGGGAUGAUAAGGAUUUGAGAAAAAGGAUUAACUGCUUUUUGCUAGCUGAACCUACUGUUAGGUCUCCAGGGAUAUUCUUUCAGGUGCCAGGGACAGUUCUGCACCCUAGGAUUUCUAUUUUCUUUUCUAUUUGUGGCAUCAGCUGCCUAUAAAUGCUUUUCAUAAUAGAGAGGAGGGGGGUUCUAUCUGAUUUUCUGCCAAAAAGUACACUCCUAGGAUCUGGGAUCAGGGUAAUGGAAUAGACAUUUAGAUCUUCCCUGAGUCAUUCAGCAGUGCUAGUUGGGGAUGAAUGCAUAUUCAUCAUUUGCUGCCAUUUGGAUGUAUUACAAUGUGUUUGAGGUGAGGUUAUUGAUGGAUGUUGGUAGAGAUUUAGAGGUGAAAAAAACAUUGCAGGUAUUUGUUGGUUUGGAGUAGUUAAUUUGGUUUCUUUGAUCUUUUAAUAACCCCUUAAAUUACUAGAAUGGUCAUUGGGCUUUGGUAUCUGUCAUCUAGGUACUCUCUGAGCUGCAUACUAAAUAACUGAUAGAUGGCAUCCAGGAUACUAUGACAAAAGAGUUGGCAUAUACUAUUGUAACACUGCAUGGUCUGCAUAUAUGUUAGACUCUGGUGAAAGGUAGCCACUUAAUGGUUCUUCAAACUAUUAUGCCAUUUUGUAAUUGCAGUAGUUUGGUCAAAAAUCUGAUAAAUGGGAUGAUGAUCAUAUUCAGGCCUUCUUGGUAAUGCAUAAAGAAGACCUCUAGAAAGAAGGGAUCUACAUUAAUAAAUUCAGAGAGAAGGUAGAACUUUUACUUCCUUAGAUGGCAUAACUUGUGAGGAAAAGGAAAAUAAGGAUAUUAAUUUUUUUAAAUGCUUUAAACCCACUCCAAUGGUUAUAGAGGUAUCACAACCUGUUCUUCUGGAUAAUGAGGGACCACUGGAGUUGCAGCUCCUUUACCGUGUGAUAAAGCAGAAACAGACUCCCCUUUAAGAUCCAGCCAGUACACUCAGUUUGGCCAGGGAGCUUCCCAUUUUGGGGCAGGAUAAUAUCCUCUAAGGCAAUAUCCCUUCAGAGAUUUGAAUCAGGAUUAGUCAGCCGGGAGGAUAUUUCUGGGUAGUCCACCCUCAACCUCUCACUUGACUUGUUAAACUAGAACUCUAGUGAAUCACAUAGAAAUGAUCCAUGGAGAAUGACUGCUUUGCCACUUAUUACCUCAUCUGAGCCAGAUAGUCAAGCUCUUUUGAAUAUUCUAAGUGCAAAAGAUAAAAAGACUAGUGAUUAGACAGUACCUCCACAAAGAAAAUCCUGUAAGGAAUCCCUUAUUCUAUCCUUAUCCUAUAUUAUUCCAUCAGUAAAACCUUAUCAGGGUCCAAACAAUUGGGAAAUAACUGAGAAAAUUACAAGUAGUACAUUCUGGCAGGACCCAGGAAAGGAGUACUUAACCUGAGAAAUUGGAACAUAAUACAUAAACAUAAAGAGAAGGAAUACCCAGAUCCCUCUGAACUUUUACAAAAAAUUUGCCAGUCAUAUAAGAAGGAUACAUAAAAAAAUAAAAAAAGAAGGAUACAGACAACCAAGAAGCUACAGAGAAUAUAAGGAUGGUUAAAUUCCUUAGUUGAGCAAAAUGCCUGUGAUAUUAAUAGAAAUCUUCAAAAAGCAGAAAGUACUGUUGAAAUGAAUUCAUCUCAAUAGGUACAUACUGCCUUUAAAAUACAUGAUGCAAAGAAAUUGUAAAAGAUGAGAGACGCUGUUAUCAUAGUCUCAAUAGGACAGAAAAUAAAAAAGGAGAAAGACAGCUUAGGAACAUAAAAGAGUCCUUAGAGGGACCACUGUGCAUACUGCAAGGAAGAAAAGCACUAGAAAAAUGUAUGUCUCAAAUUAAAGAAAGGGCAUGGGAAAGGAGGAAGAAAGCAUAGUACAAUACUGUGAUUUAGAUGAUGCAUGAAGAAGCUCAGAGACUGUUCUGUCUUUCAGAGACGAUCGUGAGUUCUCUAAGAGCUUCAGGUGCAACUGACAGGAAUCAGAUGAUGAAUUUUUUAUCAGAUGCAGAUACUAGUUAUUCUUUUCUUAACACUAAAAUUGCAAAGUAGCACAAAGGAUUGUAAAUUUCAGGACUGAUGGAGGAAAUGCAGUAGAAAUCCUUCCUCCUACCUCUGGAGUGUUGACUAGAAGACUUAAAAUUCUUUACAACUUUCCAAAGUGCUCUGUCCUACUAUUAAGAGGAUAAUUGUUAUACCAAUUAAAUACUCAAAUAACCUCUUUGAAAAGGACUCAGCCUCAUUUGCAGAUCCCACCAGAGCAAGCCAUAAAGUUACAAAUACGGUGCUCACUCACUAUUGGGACACAAUAGAAGAACUCUUUCCUUGAGGUCUACAAGAAAGUAAACCAAAUGGUUAGAUGGUACUCCAGGUAAAGUGCUGAAUGCAAAACUAGUAAAAGUUGAAUUCAAGAAGGAGUUUUUGUAUGGGGGGGGGGUUUGCGGGGAAGUAUGUCCUUAAGAAACAGGCUUUGCAAAAGACUCAGCUGGAGUUGCAAACAUUUCUUUAAUAUGGAUUAACGUGUACUUGUAAGUUGCCCUCAAUACUGCAUUUCUUCCAGUCGAGGAAAAAAGCUCAUGAGUAUAGUUUUGUUCAGGAUUUGAGAGUUACUAAUAAAAUUGAACAGGAAUUUCAUCCUAUAGUACCAAUUCCUUAUACUUUGUUUCUGUCAUCCCUGGGGAUUAUGGAUGAGUUUUCAGUAUUAGACCUUAAAGAUGCCUUCAGCAUCUCACUUGAAAACAAAGCUCAGUUGCUAUUUGCUUUUGAAUGGCAGGAUUCUGUAUCAAAGGCACCUUCCAGUACUGUUGGACUGUACUGCCUCAUGGCUUUAAGAAUUUCCUCACCAUUUUUGGCAAGAUUUUAGCUAAAGACUUAAGAACUCUACAAUUAAAAGAAGGUGGGUCUUGCUUCUAUAUGUGGAUGUUGUGCUAAAUAGCAGGUCAAGGUUAUGAAAACUUUAACACAGUCAUGGUACUUAAUAACUUGGCACACUAUGAAUAUAAACUGUCUCCUAGAAUGGCUCAGAUUUGCAAGCAGAAAGUAAAUUACCUCAAGUUCCAAUUAGAACGUUGAAAAUGGAGUGCAAGGGGCUGGGGAUUUAGCUCAGCGGCAUAAGCGCCUGCCUUGCAAGCAGGCAGUCGUGAGUUCGAUCCCGGGUACCGAUAAAAAGGAAAAAGACAAAAAAAAAAAAAGAAAAAGAAAAUGGAGUGCAAUACCCAAUUGGAAACAAGCAAUUGCCAGCAUCACAGUUCCUGUAAAUAGGAGGCAGCUGUGAGAGUUUCUAGGCGGGUUUCUGUUUAAUUUGGGUUUCCAAUUUUUGGUCUUCUUAAACCCCUUUAUGAUGUUCGGAAAGGACUGGAUUCAGAGCACUUACAUUGGACUGCUGAAUGCCAAGUAUUUGACAGUAUGAAAGAAGAUUAACUUGAAUUUGGGGUUGUCAAACCCUAAAAAACCCUGUAAGUUAUAUAUCCAUGAGAAGCAAGGCCUAGAAUUACAGGUACUUUUUCAACUACUUGAGAAAUCUUCCAAACCUAUAGUUUAUUUCUUCAAACAUUUAAAAUAGCAGCCAGAGUAUGAUCACCCUGCCUUGAAGGUGUUGUGUGGCCUCCUGCAACAUUGGAAGAAACAGGCAAGUUCACCUUGGGACAGUCUAUUACAGUUUUUGUGCCUCAACAAGUGUUGGCUUUACUACAUCAAGAAGAAUGAUAUUGGGUUGAUGCUGAAGCAAAUUGGCAAAUACUGAAUAAACUAUUCUGUUAGAUACUCAAAUGUUCUCUUGCAGACUACUAUAGCCCUAAAUCCAGCUACCUUGUUCCCAACCACUGAAACUGGUUCUGAUUCGCAGCAUAAUUGCUUUUGAAUUCUCUGCAGUUUAUUCCAGCCAGCCAGAGUUGUCAGGUCAACUGAUGGCACCUUAUAAUUGGGAACACUACACUGGUGAAAGUAGCUUCGUGGAAGAAAAAAGACACUGAGCUGGGUAUACUGUUGUGUUGCUGCACAAAAGGCCAAAUUAAUUGCAUUCACCAGGGCCUUAGAAGUGUCAUAAGGAAAA